AUGGAGAAAAUCCGCUUCAUCCUCAGCACUUCAGCUGAUUUCUUUAGUGCCUCACAAUCAACUGACGACGCCAUCGUGAAAUCUUUCUUUGAGAACGAAGAAAUAACCCUUCUGGCUGCCACUGUUUCGGACAAGAGGGUUGUUUUUCAUCACAAAAUCCCCCAGGAUUGCGACAAUUGCCUACUCUACUACAAAAUCCCAAAGUUGAGCAAAGUUGACGGGCAGGAGUCAUCAAUUGGAUUGAUUUCCCUUGAGGGGGGAAUGGUGAAGUCAAUCUACAAUUCUGUGGCCAGAAUCUUCUCCCCGAAUGUCUCUCAGAGAUCCGUCUAUACACCAGAAGUGGCCAACAUCAUUGAUACACUUCACACAACACUCGGAUCAACGCUGGGAUUCCCAGAAUCUGGGAUUGUAACUCUUCACGAUGAGGUCAACUACUGGCAACAGAAAUCAAUUCAAUCCUCCACCAAAUCUGACCGGGAUAAAACAAAAUCUUUUGCAAAUCUUCUUGAGAAGCUCGACAAUGAGAUUAGGAGGGAAGACAUUCGCUCUCUGAGUAAUCUUGAGGAAUUCCUGGACAAUGCUCACACAACUCUAGAUGAAGUAUGGCGACUUCCGGGACAUUUCCCGCAGAAUCGAAUGGCUGACAUAAUGGAUGUAAUCUGCAUUACAGUCCUUGAGAUCUGUGUGGAGAAUCUCAGUGGAGAGGAUGUGUGGAGUCUCGAUAAUCUUCACGUUACAACCAUUUUCGCUCAAAUAGGUGAACUUGCAGACAAUUGGAUUCAAAUUUGUGACUCCCUAACGCGACUCUUCUGGCCAAAUUACUCCCAACAUCCUUGGGUGGGGAAAUCCCACAUUCCUCGUCAAGCGCAGGCAUUCAAAUCCCGCCUCGAGGAAGUUCGGAACAUAAAAAAUCUCUACAGGCAAAUUGUGACUCUCUUCACUGAUAACUCCCACCUGAUUGAUUCAGUUAACCGAAUGUUCCAACCCUUUCGCAGUCUCAACAUCUUGGAUAUACAGCCAUUGGGAGAGAAGCGUUGGCGGGCAGCUCUUGUGCAUUUUGAGAAGAUCCUCGAACCAAUAGAUGAGAAGAUUGCAAAUGUGUUGAAAGCAAAGCUCCAUCGUCAUUUGGACAAUCCACGCCAGGUUGUGCAUAUUUUCUCCAAAUUCAAUAUAAUCUCUACGCGUCCGAUGGUGUUGGAACUCCUUACAGCUGAAAGGGAGCACUUCCUGCAAUCCCUGCAGGUUCUCAUAAAGGAUCUAAAGGUAGCUCUCAGUCAGAGUGGAGAUACAAUGACUGAAAACAACCACAUCUCACCCAUUUGCUGGGAAUGUCGCUGGCUACGUGUGGUUGAGUAUCAAAUUGAUGAGAUCAACAAAAUUUCCCAUGUUGUGGCGAAUCAAGAAGAUCAUGCGAAUGUUUUCAAGCAACUCUCGGACUUGCGGUUGGAAACACAGAAUCUCUUGAAAGUAAAUUUCGAUUCAUGGUGUGAACAAUCCCUGGCGGCGGUUAAGAGUGGAGAACUCACCCUCAGAGAUGACAGGUCAGUUGUUGAAUUUGAGAAAAGUGGUCGUCAACUUAUGCGCGUAACGUUCAAUUCGAAAUUAAUCUCCUUCUGCUACGAUGUUCGUGAAUUUGAGCGACAAGGCUACAAGAUUCCUCUGGAAUUAAGAGAUUCAGCAUCUCAUGCUGUUAAGUUUAUCUCCUAUGCAAGGCAGCUACAGCAGGUGGCAACAUUUCACAACACAAUCGGUGACAGGAUGAUUCCUUGCCAGCGUCCUAUAAUGCUGAAGAAUGCAGUUGAGCUUUCAAAUUUGGUGCGUAGUGAAUCAGUUGCAUGGAACAAUGAGGAAUCCGUGAAGAGGUACAUAGGAGUUCUGCAGGCAUCUGUUCAGAAGCUAUCAAAGGAUAAUGCCAUCCUGGCUGGUUACCAUGAACAAGCGAAGAAGAUCAUUGUAAAACUCAUGUCAACGGAUUUGCAGCGUCAGGCACAGAUCUGGAAGGAUGAGAUGAGACAUUUGAGAGAUUUGAUUGCACAAAUUGAAAGUCAAGGCUAUACAAACUUGGAUGCUUUCAAGCUUCACCUGGAUUAUCAGCUUUAUAAAGUCCUGGAGUAUCAGUACAUAUCGGGUAUCCUCAAUCUCAACAACAAACUACCCGAUAUUUACAUUGACAUCGUUUUUCGGCAGCAGCAGCUUCAAUUUCGACCACCAUUGGAGGAGAUCAGAGCUAAAUAUUUCCUCCAGCUGAGGAAAUUCAUCGAGCGUCCGUUAAACUUUCGUGGAUUAUCGGAAAAUAGUGGAGAUCUCUUCAAAGUUAUGGUUGAACGGAAUAGGCACUACUUUGGUUCACUAUACCGCAAGGCCAUUGAUUUGUUCAACAAUCUCCAGAAGCACAAGGAUUCGUGGUUCUCAUGGGUUGCUCUAGGAUGCGUAGAUCUUGAUGAACUGUGCAGGAUUCAUCUAUCAUCAUGGCAAGACUGGGAUCGAAAUUUCCGUUCGUGCAAACAUUUUAGCCAACAAGUUGCGAAAAUUCAAAAUUCAGAAGAAAGAAUUGACUGCAUUGUGAUCAACCUCUCACCACUAAGAUCUGAUAUUGAAUUCAUCAGUCGUCGCUAUUGGGAAGCACUAACCAACAGCCUCAGAUCCUCCAUCUUGGAAGACAUUUCAACUCUUGAAGAUUUCCUAAAUACUUCGCUUCAAGUUCUUCAAAAUAUUCCUCUGGAUGAAAAUGGGAUCUCCGAAGCAGGAGCAAAGUAUGAGAAGAUCACAAGUGAGUUACCUAAAAUGACGGAACUGAUAAAAUCAGUCCAAGGGAAGGACACUUGCUUAGCAGGAUGGUGCAAAGAGCGCGUAACAUCUCUUGCAAACAUCAUCAGCAGUUGGGAUCAAUUGCAACCGUUGAUUGAUAAUCACCACACAGUUCUACAGCGUCAAAUUGACAUCAUGAAAGAUCAUCUAAGUGGACAGAUUGAGAAUCUCACAGAAGAAGCAGAGAAGUUCCUUAUUCGCUGGGAAGCAACAUUAACGGAAAUGGAGGCAAAUGACAAGGCGGAUUUAAAUGUAUUUCGUGAGCGUCAGCAACAAUGGGAGGCUCUCAAGGAAAAGAAGGAACAUCUUGAAGCAAACUGUAUCAAGUUCAAUCUCCCACUUCCGGCAAAAGUUGAAGAAGCCUUUAAGAAAGUCCAACAAGAUGUUACAGAGCUAGGGAAGCAGUGGGAACAUUUUGAAAGAUUUACAAAGGAAUUUGAUGAAAUUGGCGCAGAAGAGUGGACAGUUUACCGCCGUAGGCCGUAUAUUUUAACGGACUUUCUUUCAAAAUGGAAAAAUGAUCAGACUAUCCCUGUAACCCCAGCUACAACACGAAUCCACCAGAUGAUAGACAUGUGCCAGAACAUCGUUCCAGCGUUGCAGAGUUUGCAGUCCGAUGCACUGACUGAAAAGCAUUGGGCGCGAAUUUUUCACAUCCUGGGAAAACAGCCAAAGCCUACCCAUGAUAUCCUUCUGAAGGAUAUUCUCAGUUCUGGAGAAAAUCUCUCGCAACAAGUAACAGAAGUUCAAUCAAUUGUACGUCAAGCUUCUUCUGAGCAAAUUGUGCGGCAAGCUCUUACAGAAUUAGAGCAAUGGGGAGUUACAGCAUCACUAAAAUUGACUCAACAUAAAGAUUCCAAAGCGGAGGAUGUUUCCUUAAUCAGAGAUUUUCAGGAGAUUCUCAAUAAAAUUGGGGAUAAUCAGUGCCUUCUGCAGUCUGCUAAAAACUCCGCAGCUUUUGAAGCUUUCUCCGAUCAAGCAGAAAUCUGGGAAGGAAGACUAACAAUGCUUGAUCGUAUUCUAACAAGCCUAAAUCAGAUACAGCGCAAAUGGAUCUACUUAGAACCAAUUUUCAGCAGUGGAACCCUUAAAAAUGAAGAAGUUAUCUUCAUGCGAAUUGACAAGGAUUUUCGUUACAUUAUGCGGGAGAUUGUUCAAGAUCCUAGAGCUUUGAGUGUGGCAAAAAUUCCAAAUAUCCUCAACAUCAUUGAAUCGUUGGAAAAUCAAUUAUCUCGCUGUCAGAAUACUCUCACAACGUACAUCACCAGCAAAAGAAAUGCAUUCCCGAGAUUCUACUUUUUAGGUGAUGAUGAUCUUCUGGAGAUUCUCGGGCAAGCUUCCAAGGAGGCUAUCUUGCAGAAGCACAUUAAAAAACUCUUUCCGGGAAUUCACAAAUUGGGAAUUUCAACAAAGGACAAUCAACUACUUAUUGGAAGUAUUUAUAGUGCGGAGGGUGAUGAAGUUGUUCUCAGGAAUGUUAUCCACAUCAAUGGAGCCGUUGAGGAUUGGUUGAAUCAACUUGUGAUGGAGAUCAAGUUCACUUUACGGGAACUUGUGCGGAAAUGCGUUGAAAUUAAGGACUUUACCGAGGGCAAUAUUGAAGAGUACCCAAUUCAAGUGUUAACUCUUGCCAGAGGAAUUUUCUUUACUCGUUCUGCGGAGAAAGCCAUCACAUCCAUGAGUGUGGGGAAUCUUCUGAAAACCACACGAUCAGACAUUGAGAGAUUUACUACAAUGGCCGGGAAGACGCAAUCAACCCUUAUACAGCUAAAAAUUCGAUCUCUGCUUGUAGAUCUUGUGCAUCAUGCAACAAUCCUUGAAAAUCUGCUGCAAAAUAAUGUAACAAAUAUCCAAGAUUGGUUGUGGCUACAACAGCUAAAAUUUUACAUUGAUCGCACUUCAGCUACAGCCACAGCUAGGAUGGUUUACACAGAAUUCGAAUACUCAUAUGAAUUUUUGGGUAAUCCCAGUAAACUCGUAAAUACAUCCCUAACACACAGAUGCUAUCUCACCCUUACGCAGUCAAUGCAUUUAGGCUUGGGCGGGAAUCCUUUUGGUCCAGCUGGCACAGGGAAAACAGAAUGCGUCAAGGCCCUUGGAGCAAUGCUAGGACGCUUAGUGCUGGUUUUCAAUUGCAACGAAAAUGUCGAUAGUGCUGCUAUAGGACUCAUUCUAUCAGGAUUAGCCAGAUGUGGAGCUUUCGGAUGUUUUGAUGAAUUUAACAGGCUACAGGAAGCAACACUGUCUGCCAUUUCAAUGCAAAUUCAACCACUUCAGCAAGCUCUGAAAGAGAAACGAGACACUGUGAACAUCCUCGAUGAACCUAUUCCUCUAAAUCCACAUUGUGGCAUUUUUGUCACACUUAAUCCCGCUGGUGAGGAAUAUGGGGGUCGCCAGAAGCUCCCUGCCAAUAUUCAGAGCCUCUUCCGGCCAAUUGUAAUGCAGGAACCUAAACCGAAGGAGAUCGCCAGAGUUCUUCUUUUUGUUGAAGGCUUUGAGAAUGCAGAUGAAAUUGGAGAACGAAUGGUUGAACUGUUCACCCUCGCAAGUAAAAUUCUUUCCCCGCAGCGACACUACGAUUGGGGAUUGAGGGAACUCAAAACAGUCUUAACAGCUUGUGGAAAAGCUUUGCGGGAGCGACGAUCCUCGAAUUUAGCAGCUCAAGAUGAAAUGGAGAUCGCAGUUAAUGCCGUACGAUCCAAUACAAUGUCCAAACUAACACUGGCUGAUUGUAGGCUAUUUGAUGCUCUUAUAGAAGAUGUUUUCCCCGGUGUUAGAGUAACGGAUUUCAGGGAAAAGGAACUACAAACAGCUCUGGAGGAAAGCUUCAAGAGCGCAGGAUUGAUCUUCAAUGAGCGGCAGGUGGAGAAAUGUCUGGAAUUGUAUGAACAAUUGACGAAAAGAAUGGGAGUUGUUGUUGUUGGACCACCUGCAUCAGGAAAGACAACACUGAUUGCAAUCCUUAAGCAAGCUCUGAUGAGUUUGGGGAAAGUAAUUCGGAAGUAUACAAUUGCACCGAAAAGUAUGAGCAGGAAACAACUUCUUGGACAUCUUGAUCCUGAUACAAGACAGUGGAAUGAUGGAGUACUCACAACAACAGCCGUUGCGGUUAAUACUGAGGAUGCUUCAAUACAAUCAUGGAUCAUUUGCGACGGAGACGUUGAUCCUGAAUGGAUUGAAGCCUUGAAUUCAGUUCUUGAUGACAACAAGCUCCUAACGCUGCCUUCUGGAUGGCGAAUUCAAUUUGGCAACAAUGUAAAUUUUAUCUUUGAAACUCACGAUCUCAGCCAUGCCUCCCCAGCUACAAUCUCCCGCAUGGGAAUUAUAAAUUUGAGCAUGAGAGAUCUGCCAGGAGAUCUUUUGCUGCAAUCAUGGCUGCAACGACAAUCCAACAGUGAGAUCUUGCAGCGUUUCCUUGAUCAGUAUCUCCGUCGUGCCGUAACGUGGAUUGAAAAGAAUGCAACAAGACCCGUUGCUGCUGUGCCCAAUAACAUGAUUCUGUGUGGACUUCAAGCUAUUACUGAUACAGCUAGCAAGGAUCAAUUUUGCGUAGAGCUAGUUCAAGGUUUAGGAGCUUCUCUCACCGUUGAGGCACGAAAAUUGUUUUCCCAGCAGAUCCUCGAUUGGGCAGAUAUCUAUUUACCCAAUCGAUCAGAUGCAGAACUUGUGAACUACAACACAUUCCGGGAUACCAUUGAAAUAUUUGAGUUGGAAGUAUUUGCAGGAUCCACAGCCGAGAGAUCUCUCAUAAAGACACCAAUAGCUAAGGCAAAUAUGGAAAUUCUGAGGAACUUCCUAAAAGGAGAGUCAAAAGCACCUUUUCUCAUUGUUGGUCCAGCUGGAUGUGGGAAAACUCUCCUCAUGGAGACGACUGUGGCCGAAUUUUCCGGGUAUCAACUUGUUACAAUAAACUGCAGCGCACAGUUAACAGUGAGCUACGUAAUUUAUGUGCUGAAGCAGCAUUUCCUUGUCAUUUCCGGUAUCAGAGGAAGAGAAUAUAAACCAAAGUACAAUAGAAUUGUUAUAUACUUCCGGAACAUUCAUCUUGUUCCCGUAGAUGAGUGGGGAACAUCAGAAGUUGUUGAACUUUUGCUCCAAUUAAUUCAGCGAAAUGGUUUCUAUGCUGAUACGCUAGAAUGGAUCAGCGUGACUGGACUACAGAUUUGUGGAUCAUUUUCAAGUACUUUUAAAUCAUCCCUAUCCCCGAGAUUCCUCUCAGUCACAAGAUUUCUCGUGAUGGACUAUCCAAGUGAACGGGACAUGAGUCUUAUUGUUGAGAAUCAAUUUUCUCCAAUAUUCUCCCGCUUUAAAACUUCACGAAUCCGGAUGGAGAAGAUUGCCGAAGCAAUAAUUGCGAUCUACCAGGAAAUAAAGACUUCCUUCACGGUAGAUCAGAACAAUCACUACGUUUUCACGCCAAAGAUGAUUACCAAAUUGCUUUUGAAUCUCUCUUGUUACCCUGUGGAUAAUCUCCCAGAAGCUCUGCAUUACGAAGCAUGUCGGAUGCUAAGAGAUCGGCUGACAAGUUCAGAAGAAACUGCGCAGUUUGAUGAGAUUUUUUCAUCAGCCACAAGGCAGUUUUAUUCUCCGGAAUCUAACUCAAUGUUCUUCAUCCCAUCAUCAACAAAAACAAGCCAAAUGCAGAAAAUCCCCACGGAAGAAUUCCUGGACAAUGUCAAGAGAUCCAUUGCUGUUUGCAAUUCAGAACACAUAGCAAUCGAUGCGCCAAUUACUGAUCAACUCCUUACAACUAUUGCAGCUGUAUGUCGAGCAAUUUCUCGUCCAGAAACUCACAUGUUAAUCGCUGGACUAACAGGAUCAGGACGAAAGGAAUCCCUCUACAUUGCAGGAGCUUUGCUGCAGACGAAAAUUUACACAUUACAGGCUUCUGCCAACUACGCAAUGGGAGAUUUCUUCAGUGAUCUCAAGCUUGCAAUGCAAAGUGCAGCACUUGAGGAUCAAAAUACGAUCCUUGUGAUUGAUCACACGUGGAUAGAAUUCCUCCCUGCGAUCCUCGAACCGAUUGAAGCACUUCUCGAGGGAAGUGAAGUUCCCGAAAUCUUUGGUGAUGAUCUCGAGACGAUCGCAAAUCCCCUGAGGAGUUCAGCUCAACUAGAAGGAUAUCAGGAGUCUUUAGCAUCAUAUUUCCUCAAGAGAGUUGGUCAAAAUCUUCACUUGAUCAUCAGCUUAGAAAGCUCAUCUGCAACAAUCAACGAUCUUUUCACAAAGUACCCAUCACUGUAUCGUAGCACAGAAAUUUUCUUCCUCCAUCCCCCAUCCUCAAAUGAUUUGGAAAUUUUCUCAAGAAACUACCCGGAAUCCGUUGAGAAUUUCAAGGAAUUUUCCAUUCCAAAAUACUUCUCCGAGGCAAUAGUGACAAGUGGGCGGUGGAAUCAAUCCCCUCAGAGAAUGAAGCAACUCAUCAUGGGAUUCAAGAAAAUCUCAUCUUCAUUGACACAGAAGAUUUCAGCAAGGAUGGAAAAUCUAAAGGCGGGCGUGGAAAAACUCUCAGCCACAUAUAGCGUAGUUGCUUCGUUGAAAAAUGAAGCCACACAGCAGGAAGAAGCUGUGACGGAGAAACGAAGACUCGCAGCUGAAUCCCUGGAAAUGAUUUCAGCCACAAUGCGCUCAGCCACAGAUCAACGAACAGAUCUUCUUGAGCUAAAGAAGAAAACCGAAGAGAGCAGCAAAGCUCUUGUUGUGAGAAAGAAAGCCAUUGAGGUGGAAUUGCAGGAAGUUGAGCCAUUGCUCAAGGAAGCCAUUGCAGCAGUUGGUCAAAUUAAGACAGAAGCUCUAUCGGAGAUUCGUUCCUUGAGAGCUCCCCCGGAAACAAUUCGUGACAUUCUUGAAGGGGUUCUUCGGCUAAUGGGAAUCCGGGAUACCUCAUGGAAUAGCAUGAAAACAUUCCUAGCCAAGAGAGGCGUCAAAGAGGACAUAAGAUCCCUUGAUCCAGCCCGGAUUGCCCCAGAAAACUAUCAAGCUGUUGAGAAACUUUUAGUCUCAAAAGCAGAUUCAUUUGACAUUAAGAACGCUAAGAGAGCUUCAGCUGCUGCAGCUCCUCUUGCUUCCUGGGUCAUUGCCAAUGUUCAGUAUGCAAAGGUAGUGCAGAGCAUUAAGCCACUGGAGCGGGAACAGAAUGAACUUAAGAGAAAUCUCGAUGAGGCAGAGACACAGAUGAAAUCUUUAAUGACGGGCUUGGAUGAUGUGGAUUCGCGUGUUAAGGAGCUUUCCAAUCAGCUCAAUAUUUACACGCAGGAAGCAGCUGUGCUGGAGAUCAAGCUUAACGAUGUCAGGAGUACUCUUUCGUCAGCAGAAAUGCUCGUUGAUAAACUCAGUUCAGAAUAUCGAAGCUGGAGCGAUCAGAUGCAACAGUUGCAGAUUGAAUUGGAUUCUCUUUCCAUGAGAGCUUUCCUCGUGAGCUUAACAAUUAAUUUUCUCAGUCAUUUGGCACUGGAAGAACGAACUCAGGUACUUCAGACUAUCAUUCAGACCACAGAUCUCCCACCUUUUGAUCUCACCGAGAGUCUCGUCACUGAGCAGGAAAAGAUUAUGUGGGAAAGUAUGGGGCUCACUCCUGAUGCUCAAUCAAUUCAGAAUGCAGGCCUUUUGAUUAAGAUUCUCUCUCUGCCACUGCGGGAUUCACCAAUCCCACUCCUCCUGGAUCCAUCCGGAAACAGCUUACGGUGGUUUAUUGCCUAUUUGCGUGCCCAAGAGAAAUCCUUUGAGGUUUCCUCACAGAAUGCUGAAAGAUUUGCUUAUAUUCUCGAAUUAGCAAUUCGCUUUGGGAAAAUUCUCAUUGUACGAGAUGUGGAGACUUUCCUGCCGUCUCUCCUCUCAGUGAUAAUCUCGAAGAUUCACGUACGCUUCAAUAAGAAACUCCUUCAAGUUGGCAACAAGCUAAUUGAUCUUCACGAUGAUUUUCAUUUAAUCCUCACGACGAGUCUCGAUAGAUUUGAUCUCAGUGCUGAUAUUGAAGCUCUCGUGACUCCAAUACCCUUCACGACAACCGUGAGUGGCCUCACGGAUCAGCUAAUGAGUAAAAGUAUCCUCCUGAAGCGACCUGAGCUGGAGGAGAAACGAAUUAAUCUGCUACAGAGUGAGGGAAGUAUGUUGAAGGAACGUGAAAAGCUCCAGGAGCGUCUUCUGCAGGAACUUUCCACAGCUCAGGGGGAUAUUCUAAAAAAUGAAAAAUUAAUCACAAGCCUGAAUGCCGUGAAGGAGAGCAGUGAAUCCAUUGAUGCAUCCCUGAAAGAAUCCACAGCUGUCCGGAAGAAGCUAAUGGAGGACUACAGCAAGUUCCGGUGCCUCUGUGCAAAAUCCUCAAACUUCUUCAUUGGCAUCGCACGGAUUUACCCACUUUCUGUGAAUCUCUUCUCAGAUUUAUUCACAGAAACCCUCGGGCAGGCCGUGGACUACGAUGAGGAGAUAAUUUUCUCCCAGCUCGUCCAUCGGGUCUACAUGAAUCUAUCCAGGAGUGUUUCAAAGCAGAAUUACAUCCAAUUGGCACUCCAUGUGUGCAAAAAUGCUUUCCCGGAGAAAGUUCCGGAGCGUGAAUGGGAGCUUUUUAUCACGAAUUUUAUCUCCACGGAAGAUUCCGCUGGGUAUGAUUUCCCAGAGUGGCUAAAGAAGGAGCUAAUCCCAAAGCUGACAACCCUCAGAUCAUCCCAUGUGAAGCUCUAUGAAGUUUUGCAGCUUGAUAAUCGUGAUUUGUGGACGAAUUUCAUGGGAGGAAGUCGAACAGAGCUGCCAGUGGGUGUGAGUGACUUCCAGAGAAUUCUCGUUACGCAAAUCCUUCGUCCGGAUCUCAUGGUGCAGACAAUCAGGGAGGCUGUUGCGAGAAUCCUUGGCUUCAACACAAUGUCCGUGAUUCAACCGUCAAUGGAACAACUCGCCCAGGAAGCAAAGAGCGACAAACCCAUCUUGAUUAUCAGCUCAUCGGGAACAGAUCCAUCAAAAGAUCUCAGAGGGUAUGUCACGGAAAAGAUGUCCCCGGAGAAAUUCAUUGAAAUCUCCAUGGGAAAGGGUCAGGAGCAGAGCAGCCUUCAAGCUGUCCGCCGGGCAGCUGAAUCCGGAAGUUGGGUGUGCUUGAAAAAUAUUCAUCUCCUGCCCAAGUGGAUUAAAAGUUUGGAAACGGAAUUAGCUGCCUUGUCACCCCACAAGGACUUCCGUUUGUGGCUAAUUUGUGAAUCCACAGCAGAUUUCUCGGAAGCCUUCGUCUCUAGGUGCUUGAAGCUCCUCUUUGAGCUUCCAAAUGGGAUAAAAUUCAAAGUCCAGCGGCUACUGAAGCAGUGGGAAUCACUGAUGACGUCUAAACGGGAUCCGAGGCUUGUUAAGCUCUUCUUUACGCUUCUCCUACUUAAUGGGGUGCUCCAGGAGCGACGAAAUUACAUUCCACAGGGUUUCACAAAGUGGUAUGAUUUUAGUGAUUCAGACCUGAGGGCUGGUGUUGAUUGUAUGCGGUGGAUGGAGACAACCUUCGCUGUGAAAAUGGAAUGGCCAAUUCUUCACGGACUCCUGGACUGUGUUGCCUUUGGGGGGCGCAUUGACAAUGUUCAGGAUCACCAAGUUUUGCUUCACCAUUUGGAGGAUUUUUUCAGUGAUGCUCUCCUGACCAGCCGAUGGGUUCCGUCGAAUUUCUCUCGACCACUCCCACAGAGUACCAAUGUCCAGGACUACUAUAACUACGUCCACAGCUUCAGUGACACGGAUGAGCCACAAAUCUUUGGCCUGGCCAUGACGACAAACGUCUCGAGGGAUCUCCUAUUCUGCCGGAACCUCCUGAAGCAUCUCCGGGGAACGUACUACAAAAUUGACGAUCAGGAGAAUCUCGAGAAGAGAAUCAGGCCCAUUCUGGCCACGUGGAAGAAGCUUCUUUCGGGAUCAACUUUACUGGAAACCUUCCAGAAUAUGCCGGAAGAUGAGCAAAAGUCUGAUCCUUGGAUGACUUUUAUUGUAUCAGAAAUGCGUCUGGCUGGGAAUCUCUUUUCCGUAAUUCAUGGGAUGCUUUCGAAUCUACAUAGUGCAAUUCGCGAAGGUGAUACGGAAAUGUCCACGACGGAGAGGGCAGCCCUACAGACGCUGUGUGAGAAUCAGGUGCCGCUGCAAUGGCGGAAAUUGUGGUCUGGCCCCCGAUUGGCCACUGAGUACAUGAAAGCCGUCUCAGUGCGUGCCCACGAGGCAGAAAAGCGUUUCCAGGCACGCGGCAGUGCCACGGGAUGGUGCGAAAGAAUUGACUUUGCCACCGUCUUCAGUAUUGAGAGCUUUCUGGCCAGCCUAAAGCUCGCCACAGCACACAUUCGGGCAACAUCAACCUGCCGUCUCACCCUACAUGCCACCUUCGACGGUAGCGAAAAUCUCGAGGAGCCCACCGUCCAUGUGGCUCCAUUGCUAAUCGAUGGCGCCACCCUGCGCGGUGGGCGUCUCACAUUUGCGUCUCGACGCACCGACGACACUCGCACACCGUCGUUCCGCGUCACGUUCACCAGCACGGGUGCAACAGGUGGCGGCUACACUGCCACAGACAUUCCCAUUCCCCUCUACAGCAAUGCAAGCCGCGAGCGUGUUCUAGGGCGGAUUGUAGUCGCCACAGCGGACGGAGGGGUUCCCGCGGCAAUGGCUACGUACUCUGGCGUCGCAUUUGUUGUUCCCGACGCUCCCCUCUAG